GUCUCGAUGGAUCCAUGGGUGUUAAUAUUCCAUUCAUUGUUAACCGCGUUACACGUCACACGUGUUCUUCCGCAAGAGGGUGGUGAUGGGAUGUCUCAACUCUCACGAAUGACGACGGCUUCGUCGGUAGGCACGAAGGCACCUAUUGUGACUCUCUCUCUCUCUCUCUCUCUCUCAGCUUUCUGCGGUUGCUCAUCUGCUUACUGCUAACUGCUGAGUUUGACCUUGCCAUUAGUUUGGUUGUAGUGGCGGGUACGAACCAAGGGGAACAGAGAGGGAUGGUUGGUUAGUGUCUAAUUGCGGUUUCUACAACGAACCUAGAGCUAGAGAGUUAAACAUGGAGACUAAUGGAGAUAAGGGAUCCUUGAGGAAGAUGAACAGGGGAGAUUUGGCGACAGUCCUACGAAAGUCAUGGUACCAUUUGAGGUUAUCGGUUCGACACCCUUCUAGGGUUCCGACUUGGGAUGCAAUCGUCCUUACUGCUGCCAGUCCUGAACAGGCCGAGCUCUAUGAAUGGCAACUCAGGCGGGCCAAGCGGAUGGGCCGGAUUGCAAGAUCAACCGUUACUCUCGCUGUGCCCGAUCCGGAGGGUGCACGCAUCGGCUCCGGUGCUGCUACGCUAAACGCCAUUUAUGCUCUCACCCUGCAUUUUCAGAACUUAGGUGUCGACUCAGAGUCAGAGGUCGCAGAUACCAAGACUGGCAGUUCAGGAAUUUCAGAUUCGUGUAUAAGGUCUAAAUCUGAAGUAGCUCCCCAAUCAUUGGCUAAUUUCAUUGCCAAAAAGCAUAUACUAUUGCUUCAUGCUGGAGGUGAUUCCAAAAGGGUGCCAUGGGCAAAUCCAAUGGGGAAGGUUUUUCUACCAUUGCCUUAUUUGGCAGCCGAUGAUCCUGAUGGACCGGUUCCACUACUUUUUGACCAUAUACUUGCAAUUUCCUCAUGUGCAAGACAAGCUUUUAAGAAUGAAGGUGGCUUAUUCAUAAUGACUGGAGAUGUUCUCCCAUGUUUUGAUGCCUCUUCUUUGGUUCUUCCAGAGGAUGCAUCCUGUAUUAUCACUGUUCCUAUCACGCUUGACAUUGCUUCUAACCAUGGUGUUAUUGUGGCAUCCAAAACUGGGACCCUGGAUAAAGCAUAUUCGCUCUGUUUAGUUGAAAAUCUUUUACAGAAACCCACUGCAAAGGAACUCAUUGAGAACCAGGCAAUUCUACAUGAUGGUAGAACAUUGCUUGAUACAGGACUAAUAGCUGCUAGAGGUAAAGCAUGGGAGGAGCUUAUUGGGAUUGCAAGUUCUUCUAAAGAAAUGAUUUCAGAACUUCUGAAGAGUGGAAAAGAGAUGAGUCUAUAUGAAGAUCUAGUGGCAGCUUGGGUACCUGCUAAACACAAUUGGUUGAAGCAUCGCCCUUUGGGAAAAGAACUGGUCAAUGGGCUGGGAAAUCAAAGAAUGUUCAGUUAUUGCGCAUAUGAUUUGUCAUUCUUACAUUUUGGAACCUCUAGUGAGGUUCUGGAUCACCUAAGUGGGUCUGGUUCAGACCUCGUAGGUAGGAGGCAUUUAUGUUCUAUUCCAGCAACCACUGUAUCAGACAUUGCAUCAUCUGCUGUUAUUCUCUCAAGUAGUAUUGAACCAGGGGUAUCAAUUGGGGAAGAUUCUAUGAUAUAUGACUCAUCACUCUCAGGCAGAAUACAGAUAGGAUCUCAGUCUAUAGUUGUUGGCGUUAAUAUCCCAGGAGAUGGGGAAAAUAGGCAACCGGGAGAUUCACUUCAGUUCAUGCUUCCAGAUCGCCAUUGUCUUUGGGAAGUUCCUUUGGUAGGAUACAGAGGAAGAAUUAUUGUCUUUUGCGGACUUCAUGAUAACCCAAAGAUAUCAUUUUCUAGGGAUGGAACUUUUUGUGGAAAACCAUGGAAGAGGAUCUUGAAAGAUUUAGGCAUUCAUGAUACUGAAAUUUGGAGCUCUUCAGAUAUUAAGGAGAAAUGUUUGUGGAAUGCAAAGAUAUUCCCUGUUCUGCCUUAUGCUAAGAUGCUUAGUAUGGCAAUGUGGCUAAUGGGUCUAAGUAAAUAUAAAGACCAAUCUAUGCUUUCAAUGUGGAGAAGUUCACCCCGUGUCAGUUUGGAGGAAUUGCACAGAUCCAUAGACUUUCUCCAGCUUUGCCUUGCUUCCAGUAAUCAUCAAGCAGAUCUUGCAGCUGGAAUUGCUAAAGCCUGCAUUAACUAUGGUUUGCUUGGACGAAACUUAUCUCAGUUGUGUGAAGAAAUUCUACAGAAGGAAGAAUCAGGAAUUGGAAUGUGCAAAAACUUCCUAUCCAUGUGUCCCAGUCUCCAGGCUCAGGACUCUACAAUUCUUCCCCAAAGCAGGGUAUACCAGGUGCAAGUUGAUCUUCUUCGGGCAUGUAGAGAAACAGCAACAUCUCUCACAAUGGAACGAAAAGUUUGGGCUGCAGUUGCUAAUGAAACUGCUUCAGCAGUAAAAUAUGGAUUUGGAGAUCAUCUCUUGGAGUCUUCCCAUGUCAUAUCUCUUUCUGCAAAUCAAGAGAAUAAUGUCAAUGCUUCUGUUGACCAUUCUUUCUACCAGAAGAGAGCAAGGGUAGAGCUUCCAGUCCGUGUAGACUUUGUUGGGGGUUGGAGUGAUACUCCUCCCUGGAGUUUGGAACGUUCUGGUUGUGUUCUGAACAUGGCAAUAAGACUAGAAGGUUCUCUACCAGUUGGCACCAUAAUAGAGACAAGAAAGAUGGUUGGAGUGCUGAUUUCUGAUGAUGCUGAAAAUCAGUUAUAUAUUGAAGAUCCUUCAUCUAUUACUUCACCAUUUGAUAAUGAUGAUCCAUUUCGUCUUGUCAAAUCUGCACUGCUUGUGACUGGUAUUAUUCAUGACAAGAUACUUUCAUCUACUGGCUUACAUAUCAGGACAUGGGCCAAUGCUCCCCGUGGUAGUGGUUUGGGGACUUCAAGUAUAUUGGCAGCGGCAGUUGUUAAAGGACUUCUUCAAAUAAUGGAAAGAGAUGAAAGUAACGAACAUGUUGUUAGACUUGUUUUGGUCUUGGAGCAGAUCAUGGGCACUGGAGGAGGCUGGCAGGAUCAAAUUGGGGGAUUGUACCCAGGUAUUAAAUUUACUUCAAGUUUUCCAGGAAUUCCGUUAAAGCUUCAAGUCACCCCCCUAGUGGCUUCACCACAAUUGGUGUCAGAGUUAGAGCAACGACUGCUGGUGGUAUUUACGGGUCAAGUUCGGCUUGCAAACCAGGUCCUACAAAAGGUGGUAAUCCGAUAUCUCCGACGUGAUAACCUACUCAUCUCCAGUAUUAAGCGCCUUGCUGAGCUGGCCAAAAUUGGGCGGGAAGCUCUCAUGAUUGGAAAUAUAGAUGAGCUUGGGGAGAUAAUGCUGGAAGCUUGGAGGUUGCAUCAGGAACUAGAUCCUUACUGCAGCAUUGAAUUUGUAGACAGGCUCUUUGCAUUUGCUGAUGACUUUUGCUGCGGCUACAAGCUUUUGGGUGCUGGUGGUGGAGGAUUUGCUUUAUUACUUGCCAAGGACGCUCAUCGUGCAAGAGAACUGAAACAUUUGCUAGAAGAAGCUUCAGAUUUUGAUGUGAAAGUCUACAAUUGGAACAUCUUUUUAGGACAAUAGUUGAAAGAUAGUUAUUCUUUGAUGAUAGCAUUUUAUAUUUAUAUUCUUUAUCUGUAUUUCAAUUCCUGUUAUUGACUGGAAUUGUAUUUAUAGAGCAUCUUAUUAAAGUGAAUAUUGUACUUGAAAUGAAGGUUUACGAUGAAGGCAAAUUAAGAUACAAUGCAGAAUAGUGGUCGCUUUUUCUUGGUCA